ACAGACAUUACGUAAAAAACAUACAAACUAUUCAAAUGUUCCUCACAGAAACGAAGCACAACAUUUGUGAGCAGUGGCGCCCUUUUUUGUAUGUGUGUUGCCAUAGAAACCGUUACGUAGUUUCAUAAAGGAAGAACCGACUGGAAACGGACUUGGCUAUAACCGGAAGUAGUUUAAAAAGCUGAAGAUGGGAACCACAGCCAGUCAACUCGAUAAAGGGAUGUUAUCCGAAUAUCAAGAGCUAACCUUCCUAACAAAGCAAGAAAUUCUUCUUGCUUAUAAGAGAUUUAGCGAGCUGCUACCGAAGGAGGAAACAAACGGUAUAAGUUACAGAAUUCCCAUGAACGCCAUCCUGGAGCUGCCUGAACUCAAGACCAACCCUUUCAACGAGAGAAUCUGCAAGGUGUUCUCCACAUCUGACAGCCACGAUGGAAGCCUCAACUUUGACGACUUCCUCGAUCUUUUGAGUGCCUUCAGCGAUUCAGCGACUCUGGAAAUCAAAUCUCACUAUGCAUUCCGUAUUUUUGACUUUGACGAUGAUGGGACCCUUGGUCGUCAGGAUCUGGAGAAACUGGUUAACUGCUUGACUGGUGGGACAGGGGAUACAAGCCUAACUCCUGAUGAGAUGAAACAGCUCAUCGACAACAUUCUUGAAGAGUCAGACAUUGACAAGGAUGGAACCGUGAACCUCUCUGAAUUUCAGCAUGUCAUUUCAAGAUCACCAGAUUUUGUCAGCUCAUUCAAGAUUGUGCUGUAAAGACCUUGACCGGAUCACAGAAAUACUCAGCUGUAACUUUCAUUGUAGUGUCAGUUAUAAGUCCAAUGAUUUUCACAGCUCCGCCUUAAAUUUCUACUUACUUGUGAAUUAAAAUUUCUAAGCUCUUUUUAAUGUCUGUAUAUAAAUAGUUUAUUAUACAUUGUGCUUAAUUUCCAACGUCUUUAUUAUACUAAAUAAAUACAAAAUCUCAA